AUGUCAACUACAACGGCCGCGUCGUCCACUUACUUAGAUGAGGACACUACAUGGAAGUCAUUAAACCUUGAUCCAAGGUUAUUACAGGCCAUCGAUCAGCUUGGGUUUGAGAACCCUACACUUAUACAGAGUAGUGCUAUACCUUUGGCUUUAGAGGAAAAGAGAGAUAUCAUUGCCAAAGCAUCAACCGGUUCUGGUAAAACUGCUGCUUAUGCCAUACCAGUAAUUCAAAACUUGUUAUUGGAUAAUUCUGGUCCUGGUAUCAAGUCGAUUAUACUUGUGCCCACUAGGGAAUUAUCGAAUCAAGUAUUUCAAUUCAUGGAACAAUUGAUCAAACAUAGCAACAAGAAAAUCGGCAUAUUGAAUUUAUCAUCGAGUUAUAGUGACCAAGUAUUGAACUCCUUACUAGCGAAUAAACCUGAGAUUAUCAUUUCCACACCAAAUAAAUUGAUCCAAAUUUUGGAAAUGAAUGAUGAGAAAAUUCCUAUAGAUUUAAGCUCAGUAAGAAACUUGACCAUUGAUGAGGUUGAUUUGAUUUUGAGUUUUGGUUACUUGGAGGAUUUGGCUAAAUUAGAGUCUUACUUACCAGUGAAGAAGAACUUACAAACAUUUUUGAUGUCAGCAACGAUAAAUGAUGAUAUAAACGAACUCAAAACGAAGUUCUGUACCAAACCGGCAAUUUUGAAAUUGGAUGACGAACAAAGUAGCAAUGAUAAAUUGGUACAGUUUUAUGCAAAGACUACUGAAUUUGACAAAUUUUUGCUAAGCUACGUCAUUUUCAAAUUAAAUUUGAUAAAAGGUAAAACAAUUGUUUUUGUAAACAACAUCGACAGAGGUUACAGAUUGAAAUUGUUUUUAGAACAGUUUGGUAUCAGAUGUUGCAUUUUGAACAGUGAGUUACCGAUAAAUUCAAGACUACAUAUUGUGGAAGAGUUCAAUAAGAAUGUUUACCAUUUGUUAAUUGCCACAGAUGAGAUUUCAGUUGAAAAAGACGAAGGAGAGAAUGAUGUGGAAGAAGGAAAGAGUGCACAAAAAGAAGAAACAAAAUCCAAAAGGUCCAAAAAGGACAAAGAGUAUGGUGUUUCUCGUGGUGUUGAUUUCAAAAACGUUGCUUGUGUGUUGAACUUUGAUCUUCCUACAACUUCAAAAGCAUAUGUGCAUAGAAUUGGUAGAACUGCUAGAGCUGGAAAGUCAGGAAUGGCUCUUUCAUUUGUCAUUCCAUUGAAGGAAGUGGGUAAACACAAGACUGCAACAUUAUCAACCGCCAAAAGAGACGAAAAAAUUUUAAGCAAGAUCGUUAAACAACAAGAAAAGAAUGGAUUUGAAAUAAAGCCAUAUCAGUUUGACAUGAAGCAAGUUGAAGGGUUUAGAUAUCGUGCCGACGAUGCAUUCAGAGCAGUAACACAAACUGCCAUCAGAGAAGCAAGAGUAAAGGAGUUAAAGAACGAGUUGAUCAAUUCAGAAAAAUUAAAGAGAUUUUUCCAGGAAAAUCCUCAAAACUUGGCUAGUUUGAGGCAUGACAAGGAAUUGCAUCCUGCUAGAGUCCAAGCUCAUCUAAAGAACCUUCCCGAGUAUCUUUUGCCCGAGAGUGCAAGGAGUGAUGUGAAGAAUAUUGGCUUUGUUCCAUUCCACAACAAGAACAAGGUGAAUAAGUACAGAAAGAAGGGUAAAUCUAAGAGAAAACAAGAUCCAUUGAAAACAUUCAAGAAGUGA